CUGAGCACGACCCUCUGUUUCCCUCCCCCUCUUCCUCCUUUUCUCUUCCUCCCCCUCUGAUCGUACCCUUUCUCUGUUUGUUUUGCUUGAGCUUUUUGGGACACCAAACCCAUUUCCCCUGAUUUGCUCACCCACCACUCUCACUCAUCAAUUCACUACAGCUUCAGUCAGCCAUCAUUGGACCAAACCCACCAUCUCUCACCUCUGCUUCCCCAGCUCAAACCCUGCUCGAUCUUGAAUUUUCUGCACUUAAAUUCUUGAGUCCGAACUGGGUCAUCUUUAACCAGUACAAACAACGACAUAAGCUGAGAAAGUUCCCAUUUUUUCUCCUGGGUUUCUUCCGGCCAUGGAAAAUGACUUCUUUACGUGUGGAGGAACACUCGUCCCACCACCGACAUUGCAGGUUGAAUCAUCAGCGUCAUCGUCAUCGUCAAUGCUGUUGUUAUCCACUUGGCAAUCGCUCUCUUCAGCCAUGGAUGCUCAGCCCACUGAGCUGAAUUGCUUCUAUAACCCAGGCCGGGAAAAGUCAACAACAGAUCAUGGGGUGGCCAAGUUUGACUCUGCCCUGAGCUCCAUUGGGUCCUCCUCACCUGCCGGGUCCAUGGCUACCUCCAACAUAUCCAAUAACAGCUUUGUGAUGAGGGAACUGGUUGGAAAGCUCGGCGUCGUUAGCAAUUCCAGCGAGGCUCCGCCGCGUUCUCAUCAAUUGUUCACCACCAUGCCGGCAAAGGUGACUUCUCACAUUGGUGGAGAUAACAGUACCAACAGUUCAUGUUACAGCACUCCUGUGGACUCCCCACCGAAGCUGAAUGUGCCCAUGUUGGAUCACAUGUUUCAGGAGAAUCAUCACUUGCCUAAAUUGGGACAUGCCGUGAUGCCUUUGAACUCUGGCCUAGCAGAGUUCUCGCCCGAUCCUGGGUUGGCGAAGCGAGCGGCCAGGUUCUCUUGCUAUGGCAGCUGGAGUUUCAAUGGCCGGUCGGGCCAAUUUGGCAUGAAAAAUGACGAAAUCGUGAAUAGAUCCAUGCCGCCGAUGGCGAACGGGAAGUUGGCUCGGGUUUCCAGUAGCCCUUCUCUCGAGGCACUCGAAUCUCAAAUGGCUGCUGAGCAGAACAAGAAUUCACCACCGCAGGACACAGGCGAAUUGUCAAAUUCCCAAGAGGGAUCUUCAUUGUCAGAUCAAAUCCCAAGCGUGGAAAUAGGUCUGAGAGUUUCCAACGAAUCAGGCUCGAAGAAAAGAAAGGCGGCCCCUAAAGGGAAGGCAAAGGGAUCUGCAGGAACCUUGCCAUCUUCAAAUGAUGCGAAGGUUGAAGAGGCUAAUGAAAAUUCCGAUGCCAAGAGAUGCAAGCACAAUGAAGGUGUAGGAAAUGAGAAUUGCUCUGGUAAGGCCGAGCAUGAUCCGAAAGAAAGUACCGGAACUGCAUCAGAAGACAAACAAGCCAAGGCCGAGGUGAAAGACUACAUUCAUGUCAGAGCAAGGCGGGGUCAGGCAACAGAUAGCCACAGCCUUGCUGAGAGAGUGCGUAGAGAGAAGAUCAGCGAGCGCAUGAAAUUUCUCCAAGACCUCGUACCUGGCUGCGACAAGGUGACUGGAAAGGCCCUUAUGCUUGAUGAGAUCAUCAACUACGUCCAGUCGUUGCAGCAUCAAGUCGAGUUCCUUUCUAUGAAGUUAGCUUCUGUAAAUACUAGUCCUGAUUAUAAGGUGGAUGCUCUUAUGUCAAAGGAAAUGUUUCAAUCAAACGAUGCAAUUCAAUAUCCUAUCCUUCCGCCAGAUUCCUCGGCGGCAUCCGUCUUAUUUGGCCACCGCCAGCACCAGAAAAACCCAGCAGUACACAACAGCAUCGCGCAGGGGACAACCGCACAAUAUCCAAUGGACCCACUAAAUGACCCACAGUUUCCUCCGUUGGAUGGAUCAAACGAUCACGUUCUCGCGUCCUUCUGCGGAGAUGACCUGCAGAUGCUGGUUCAAAUGGGUUUCGGCCGAGACGCGCUGACAGAAGCAGCAUUGGAUCAUCAAGAUUAUCACGGUCAAAACCAGUUCUCCCACAUGAAAAUUGAGCUCUAGCAAGCAACUCAAAUUUUCCUCACUGACCGCCUGGUGACAGAGACCCUGUAUAGACAAGUGGUGUUGUUCGGAAAGUCUGCAAGAUUGCCGAGCAAUAUGAUCCUAGGUCCGAUGAAGGGAAAUUUUUUCACCCUGUUAUUCUUUUCCUAGGUAGUAUAGUUGUCUAUGAUCUUGUCUAUUAGUUCUUCAGUCGUAGGCUUCUUGCCGUAUAAUGUUGGUACAAUUUGGUCUUUGUGGCGUUCCAAUGCUGUACAGCUUACAGCACCGAAUGUAAAAUAAUAUCCACCAGUAGCUUUCAUUUGCCUACCUAUUGGACAUUCUCACCUCAUGAUUUCAAGAGGCAUUAUAUAAAUGAAGUAGAGGGAAGUUGUUUUCGUUUUUAA